AUGGAGAGCUGCAAGUGUGCCUGCAAGCCCAUCCUUAUGCCAGGGAUCCAGAUUGAGGCGGGUCACUCCCAGAUUCCCGGCCAAGCAUUCGUCGUCGAGUGGGAAGGGCAUCAGGCAGGUCAAGGAAUUUUUGCAGAUAGACCAAACACAGCACGGGGGUAUCCCGACAAAUUAUCGCAAAUGACGAGGGCUGCUGCACACAAUUAUUCCCCAGAAGUGCGGUAA